AUGGCGCAACCACAACCGCAGCAGCAACCGCCGCCGUCGCAGGUUCCACAGCGGGCAUUUUCGCCUCCUCAGCCAAGCCCAUCGCCCGCGACGUCAUCACAGUCGGGUUUUGCGCUGCCUCCUAACAAACGAAUUCGAACGGAUGGCCCAUUGUCACAGCCUGGAUCGCCGUAUGCUGCUUCGCCAUACACCAUGAGCCCGGUGCCUGCGGCUACUCCCCCGCCUCCAGCUGGAUCACCGACGUAUCCUCAAGCCCAUCCGCAAACACCGACUGCAACAGCUGGGUAUCCUAUGCCGUACACCAAUGGCCAUCCUCCACAAGGCUUGAGUCUUCCAGCUGCCUCACCAGGUGUAUCAACGCCCACUAUGCAUACACCCCAGCCAGCUCAGAUACAAACGCCGGUGCAGAUGCAGACACCAGUGCAGAUGCAAACGCCAAUGCAAGCUCCGAUGCAAGCUCCGAUGCAAGCCCCGAUGCAAGCCCCGAUGCAACAACAAUCGCCGAUGCAUGUGCCAAUGCCAGGACCAGUGCAAACUCCAGUUCCACUACCGACUCCGAUCACAAUGCCCCAAUAUACGAACGCAACAAUGCAGCCCAUGUUGCAAGUAGCCCAUCAACAGAUGCAGACUCCAGGCGUGAUGGGCCCUCCACAGAAGCCAGCAGAAAGGCCGACGAAAGACUACGAGUAUGACGUGACCGAUUCAUUGGCCGGUACAGGCAUCGAUCUCCGAGCAGAAGAGCAAUAUAUGGCAGAGCUUUACUCGAAUGCUCUCGAGACAAUAUCGGAGGCCAGGACGGGAUUUGCCCACUAUCCAUCGGGCUCAAAGUCAACGUUUUACGGCGCUGGCCCUGCCAACCAACCUGCUCAGCCUACAGACUUGUCACAGCAGCAGUAUAGCGCUCAGGCCGCUGAGCAGGCAUGGCAGGAUUCAUCAAUGCGGCUUGCUGUGCAGAGAACCCAGGAGAUCAAUGACCCUUUUCUUCUCGUGGCACUACUGCAUCGCCGAGCAGAAAAAGUUGCCCGCGAACAUCAUCUCGGUCUUAACCUUGAGCUCAAGAACAACACUCAUUCUAUGGGGAAGAUGAAGCUGCCGGAGAACUUUGCGGCGCCCAAAGUUACCAUCAAGACACAGCCGGGGCCGGAUGGCACCAUAGUGGAAACUAGCGGCUCUUUCAUUCCGCAGGACGCUUAUCUAGUGGACCAACUUGCUCUGAUGUCGAUAGCAACGAAACAGAGACUACGUGAGUUGAUCGAAGACGCAAAUAUCAUUUCAAGAACACGGCAAAAGACGUCGCAUGGAGAGGUACCUCCAGAGUGGGCAGCCGCAGCUGCUCCAAUGAACGCGGAGCCGCUAGAACCCAUGGAAAAGGCUACCGACGCGAACGGGACUGGAAAAGACACCGAGACUGGCAGCGGUACUAGUCCUUUGAAGCGUCCUGCCGACACCAGUGAUACGGCCGUCAAACAGCCGCCCGCAAAGUUGCCCAAGAUUGCCUCUUAUGCAACGCUAACAAUGCGAGAUUUAGCCCGUCAAGAGCGAGAAUGGGAAGAGGCUCGGCUGCGUAGACGCCAGAUGCGCAAAGACGGUGUCGCCGACGCAGGCGCUUCAGCUUCACGAUCGGGAAGCGUAGCACCUGGCACGCCCGGAUCAGUAGCGCCAGAGACGGAAAAGGCGAUGACGAAGAAGGAGUUGAAGAAGACCCAGCAAAUGAAAGCUCAAGAAGCGAGUAGUCAUGCAAAUCAAAACAUUACCAGCAGCAUGUUCGCAGGCUUAGGAGGCAAGAGUGGCCUCUUUGGCAAGAAGAAGGCAAAAUCCUAUGACUGGAUGAAUGUUGGCCGAGGUGGAAGCGGAACCAGUACCCCGACAAGAGCCGCUCCAGGACCGGGCAAAGGCCCAAACGGCGUGCCCAGCGUAACGGCUUCGGGCAAUAUGGCGUUGACUACGGAAGGCCGGAACAGACUGGGAACGUGGCGAGAGGACAAGGAAAAGGGGAAGAAUAUCCAGCUGCGUGACUGGAUCGCUGUGCUGGAAAGAGACUUUUUCCCUUUUUUUUUCUUUCUUCUUUGGCGUUGA